CCUCGCCCCGCGGCGGCGGCAGUGGCACCGCUCCCCCUUGGCUCCAGCCGCCGUGGCGGAGCGCGCUUGCGCCGCCGCCGCCAGCAGGAGGGCCCCCCCCGCGGCUGCUCUGGCCUCGCCAUGUCCGCUCCCUCUUCCUCCUCCGCCGCGCUGCGGCCGGUCACUCACCUGAUCUUUGACAUGGACGGCCUGCUGCUGGAUACUGAGCGCCUCUAUACAAUGGUGUUCGAAGAGAUCUGUGGGCGUUUUGGAAAGACCUAUACAUGGGAUUUGAAAUCCUUGGUCAUGGGUAAGAAAGCCCUAGAAGGAGCGCAGAUUAUUCGAGAUGUUCUAGAUCUUCCAAUAACCAAAGAAGAGUUAUUACAUGAAAGUAAAAUGAAGCAGGAGAAGAUAUUCCAUACUGCUGAAUUGAUGCCAGGGGCUGAUAAGCUGAUCCGUCAUUUACACAAGCACAACAUACCCAUAGCUGUUGCCACCAGCUCAGCUGAAGUGACAUUUCAGAUGAAAACAGCCAGACACAAAGACUUCUUUAGUCUUUUUCAUCAUAUUGUGUUGGGAGAUGACCCGGAGGUGAAGCGUGGCAAGCCAGAGCCUGAUGCAUUUCUAGUCUGUGCAAAGAGAUUUCACCCUCCUGCACCUCCAGAAAAGUGUCUUGUGUUUGAAGAUGCACCACUUGGAGUCAAAGGAGCCCUGGCAGCAGGAAUGCAAGUAGUUAUGAUUCCAGAUGAAAAAUUAAAUCCAGACCUUAAAAAGGAGGCAACACUACUGCUGAACUCCAUGGAGGAUUUCAAACCAGAACUGUUUGGUUUACCAGCAUAUGAUUAAUGUCUAAUCUCCAUGAACAUGCACUUGACUGCGGAUCAGGAAAGUGGAAUGAAAUUUUGUUAUGAUUUUAUGAUUGUUUUGCAUCUUUUCCUUUCUUCUUCAAAACUAGAGCACAAGAAUCCUGUUAACACCAAGUCUUCCACACCGUACCUUUGAAAGUUGACUGGAAUGUUUACAAUUUGUCCUCGUGAUAAAUGCUAAAUUAAAGCAGCAUUUUGUCUUGUGAAGUGAAUCCAGCCUUGUUCUCUGCUGUGGUGGGCUGACUCUGGCUGGAUGCCAGGUGCCCCCCACAGCCACUCUCCUCAACUGGGCAGGGGAGAAAAAAUGUAACAAAAGGCUCGUGGGCUCAGAUAAAGACAGUGAGAGAUCAUUCACCAGUUACCGUCACAGGCAAAAGAGAUUCUACUUAGGGAAGUUAAUUUAUUACCAACCAAAUCAGAGUAGGAUCAUGAGAAAUAAAAACUAAAUCUUAAAACACCUGCCCCCCACCCCUCCCUUCUUCCCGGGCGUAACUUUGCUCACAAAUUCUAUACCUCCUCCCCCACAGCAGUACAGGGAGAUGGGUAAUGGGAGUUGCAGUCAGUUCAUCACACAUUGUCUCUGCCGCUCCUUCCUCCUCAGAAGGAGGACUCCUCAUAUGGUUCCCCUGCUCCAGCAUGGGGUCCCUCCCAUGGGAGAUGGUUCUCCAUGAACUUCUCCAGCACGGGUCCUUCCCGUAGGCUACAGUUCUCUACGAACUGCUUGUGCUUGGGUCCUUUCCACAGGGUGCAGUCCUUCAGGAACAGACUGCUCCAACAUGAGUCCCCCACGGAGUCACAAGUCCUGCCAGCAAACCUGCUGCAGUGUGGACUUCUCUCUCCAUGGGAUGCCAGGUCCUGCCAGGAGCCUGCUCCAGCGCAGGCUCUCCACAGAGUCACAAUCUCCUUCAGGCACCUCCACCUGCUCUGGCAUGGGAUCCUUCACAAGCUGCAGGUGAAUAUCUGUUCCACUGUUAACCUGCACGGGCUGUGGGGGGACAGCCUGUCUCAUCAUGGUCCUCAUCACAGGCUACAGGGGAAUCUCUGCUCUGGCACCUGGAGCACCUUCUCCCCCUCCUUCUUCACUGACGUUGGUGUCUGCAGAGUUGUUUCUCUCACAUAUUCUCACUCCUCUCUCCGGCUGCCAUUGCUAUGGCCCUUUUUUUUUUCCUCUUCUUAAAUGCGUUAUCCUAGAGGCGCUACCACCAUCACUGAUGGGCUUGGCCUUGGCCAGCAGCAGGUCCGUCUUGGAGCCAGCUGGCAUUGGCUCUAUAGGACAUAUGGAGAAGCUUCUAGCAGCUUCUCACAGAAGCCACCCUCGUAGCCUUCCCCAUUACCAAAACCUUGCCAUGCAAACCCAAUAUAUCUGCACAUCAUAGAAGCUCCUUGUUCUGUUUCCACUUGAAUGGCUUACUGUUUAGAUCUUAACCAGAAAUCUGUUCUGGAUUGGCUUUUAUCCCAUUACUUUUUUUUUUUUUAUACAGUUACCGCUAUUAACAUGUUUAUCCAUUUCCUCAUCCUGUACUUGCCCCUCUGUUCCCCUUUGUAUCCUGUGGUCUGUUUUUGGGGGGUUUUUUUGACGUUAUUUGCAGGGUUUCUGUUGUGCUUUUUAUGUUUUCUUAAUUUAUUUUCUUCUUGGAGGUUGAAUGUGACAAGUUCCAGAGGUCCCUUACAACCUCCAUUAUUCUAUAAUUUUGUCAUUGUCUUUUUUGGCAUGGUGAAUGCCAUAGUGAAUGGCAUGGAGCAAUACAAGGUUAUCUCAUCCUGCUGUUUAACGAAAAUGCUUUGCACCUUCCUUCUUUCAUUUCCUUUUAUUCUUCUCAUUUUCCAUGUUGCCAUGUAGCCUUCCAUUUCUUUCUUGUAAAAUGAAUCCAUCCGGUCUCCCUGCUUCAAUUCUGAUAAAGUUAUGGCCUUAAUUCCUUCAUAUCCCAAUGGCUUUCUCUGUCCAUCCUUACUUACCCAUUCUUGCCUCUUGAGCCCUUUUUUUACCAAGUUCCCUACAGAAAGUUUUGCUAUCUGUUUUUAAAAUACAGAAGUUGUAUUUUUGGUUUAUUUAAGUACUUAAAAUUUAUUUUCCUGGCUACCAUAAUUUCCACAAAAUGUUUAUGUUGUCAUCUGUCCCUCUUACUUCUGUCUGUCUCUGACAUCUCAUCAAGACCAGGGUAAGGGUCUCUUUAGAAAAUGAUAGACACGUAGACAUGGUUUGGUGGAACCCAUGAGUACAUGUAUGACAUGGUGGAAGCAAUGUCUUUUACUUCGUCUAAAGAAGAAAAAUUAUGUAUUAUGUAGGUUUUAUGACUGCUUUAUAAAGUGAAUUAUUGUGUUCAGCAUUUAAAAAACAAAGUUUUGAGUUGACUGUCCAUAAAAUACUCCAAAAUCUUGGUAAAAUAUUAAACUCUGUAAAGACAAGAAGCGUGAACUAUGUCAAAUAAGGGAAUUUCCAUGUAUUAUGAGAAUACUUCUCUGACCUCAUUUUUUUAUUCUAAUAUCGUCUGUUUAUCUUCGAUCUUCCUUACAAAAUUUUUCUGGGCAUUUCUGGUGUUUAACUGUUUUAGAUAGAAGGGUUUUUUUGGUCAGGAAAAAAAAUUAAUAAAUCAUAGAUACUUCAGUAUUCAAGGUGAGUGUCGUUACAUGUCUUUGCUCCUGGA